AUGGCUUCAGUUGAUGGACAGAAGACAGGGCUACAGGCUCGGCUGCACUCGGACCCCGCUCUGCCCCGCUGCUGCUCGGUCACAUUCGGCUGUUGUCGUUGCGGAAGAAUGGACGAAGCGGACUCGGCCACGAAGGCGCUCGGGCUGGAUGAACCGCCCAUCGGCGGGCCGCCGGUGGAGGGAGUGGGCUCGGAUACCGAGUCGGAGGCCGAAGUCACCACGAUGGCGGUGAUGGCGGAACCGGGAAACAUCGACAUGGGAGCCGAGUCCCUGCCGAACUCAGACGAGGCCGAGGCGGCAUUUGCAGAGGUGACGGCGGUGACGGUGGCGGACGUUCAGGCUGCAGAGGACAACGUCUUCACCACAACCGUCGCCACGUCAGGAAGCCUCCCUGAACACGUGCUGAGUGGGAGGACAACCCUCCAGCUGGGUGAAGGUCUCAGUACCCAGAAGGCCACUUUGAUUGUGGUUCACACCGACGGCAGCAUCGUGGAGGCGACUGGCCUCAAGUCUGCCACCGCCAUCGCACCAGGUCAACAGACCACGCCCACCCCGCUGACCCCACCCCAGGACAAAGACUCCUGCUCUAAGUACAACUGGGACCCCUCAGUCUACAACAACGAGCUGCCAGUCCGCUGCAGGAACACCAGUGGAGUCCUCUACAAGAACCGACUGGGAUCAGGGGGUAAAGGUCGUUGCAUCAAACACAAUCAGCAGUGGUUCACGCCCACUGAGUUUGAAGGUCUGGCAGGAAGAGCGAGCAGCAAAGACUGGAAGAGGAGCAUCAGAUACGCCGGCAGACCUCUGCUCUGCCUCAUACAGGAGCGUAUCCUGAACCCCCACGCUGCCUCCUGUACCUGUGCAGCCUGCUGUGACGACCUGACGGCGUGUCCGAAGGAUAGUGGAGAGACUCUGGCAGCAGAAAACAUCAGUAUGACCGGUCCGGUCCGCCUCUUCGUCCCGUACAAGAGACGGAAGAAGGACACGGACCCGCCGCUCGUCCUCCCUAAAAAGGAACUUCCUGCCACCAAAAACAUCACGCUGACCCCUGGGACCACAUUCACCGUGUCCCCGUCAGGACAGUUCACCACCGCCGGAGCCUUGACCUUCGACCGCACUCCGUCAGGUGACGCCACUGCCGCCGCCGCUGCCGCCGCCAUCAUCUCGGAGGGCUCGUCGCAGAGCGAGGUGUUCGCAAGCACCGCAGUGCUGACAGCUUUGCCAGCGUUGGCGGUGACUCCUCAGCCCGUUCAGGCCAAGUUGGCGGUGACGACGACGCCGGCGGCGUCUCCAUCUGCGGGGCUGGUGAGCGGGCUGGAGGAGGGGCCAGUAGGGGGGGCGGGGCCGGCAGUGAGCGAAGGGCAGAAGAACACCUGGCUGUACCUGGAGGAGCUGGCCAACACGCUGCUGAGCAACGUGCAGCAGCUGAAGGCUCUGAUCGAACAGGCCAAAAACUCCUCAGGGGACACGGCGGGGUUCAAAGGUCAGGGAGGGAGGAAGGAGUGUGGUUUCAGUCAGUCGUUUCAGAACCAGAUUUCCUUUCAGCAGCCAGACGACUCUGAGGCCAAGAGGAGCUCUGACAUCACUGAGAUCAUCAUCAACCAGAUGUGUGUGAACUGUGGCCGGGUGGCGAUGAGUGAGUGUACGGGCUGUCACAAAGUCAACUACUGCUCCACCUUCUGUCAGAGGAAGGACUGGAAGGACCAUCAACACACCUGCUGUCAGUCAGCAGGGGGCGUGGCCGUCCAGGAGGAGGAGCCAAUCACAGCCAUCGACAUGGACAAAGUGAAAUGAAGGCGGUCCCGACGUCAUCGCCGUCAUCAGCUGAUGCACACAGGAAGUUCCUUACGUGGACGAAGAGGAAAGUAUUCCACUUAACAUCUCCUUACUGGAGCUUUUAUUGUGAAAGUUUCCCCUCGGACCAGCAUGAGAGGAAGGUCUGAGAUCUCCUGACAGUUGAACAUCAUUCACUUCUUAAUCAACACACUCUGAUCAUCAAACUUCUGCUUCAGGAAACAGGAAACUGUCACACGCUGAACUGUACAUGAGCAGAAUGUGGAUAAACUCAUCAAUCGUUUUCCCCACUACUUUAAUUGAUUAUUUUAACAGUCACUAUAAUGAUGAUUUUUAUUCCUUAUCUUCCCUCGGUGGCUGUUGUCUCUGUCGAAACAUCCUCUUGCUGCCAUUGUUUCCUCUUGAUAAGCAGAUUUAAAUCUCCAGAGACGUCCUGGGUAAAUAAAGGUCAAACACAUCAAUAAAAUAAAAAAUAAGAUUGGAUUAAAACCCCACCCCAUCCCGGCCAGUACUUUGAUGUGAAUUAUUUAUUGUCUUUUCUAAAUGUUAUCGUGGUGUUUUUGUUUAUUAUUGAGAUUCAUGUUUCACAUUGUCAGAUUUUAAAGGUUUUUCUUCCCUUUAAAACGCUGUUUGUGGUCCAGUUCUUAUUUUUACAUGUGAAAGUUUAUGUUUUCGUCCGGUUGAUCGUCAUCUUUCAGGACUUUAAGGCUCUGUAGUUUUCUCUGUUUACAUGUGAGUCACAAUCAGAAAGAUGAAAACCAAAAAGCAGUGGAGUAUGGAAGCUCAGAGCUGCCAGUAUUUAAUUUGCAAUUUGUGUGCUCGAUAAACAUGAGAUGUGUGGCAACUCUACGAGAAACCAGAGCAGCUGUUUAAUUAGAAAUGAGCUAAAAUCAAGAACAAAUGCACAAUUUAAAGCCCAGUUUGCAGUUUAAUUUUCAAGUUGAAGCACAUUUUAUUCAUUAAAUGGAAGUUAAAUAUUGUCUGUUGUUAACGGCAUCACUUUAACUCGUGACCUCAUUUUGUCAUUUUAAAAAAAAACACUCAAAUUUACAAGGUUUCUUCUUAGAUUUUUCUUCGAGCUAAAACAAUACAAUACAAUUACAUGAAGGUUUAAGUUUUUAUUGUGCAAAAUAUGAUCUUUUCUGUACAAGACUCAGUGGUUCUGUAGUUUUCUGUUGCUACUACUAUUUAAUUUUCACAUUUCUAACACAACGUAUUGUUUCUCUGUCAGAGCAGUUGAAUAGUGUCCUCUGAUUGGUGCAUUUCAGCCAAUCAGAUGUGAUGUUUCGACCAGUCGUUUUAAUGUUUCAACAGAUUUCAGGGGGAAACCUGCUGUUCGGGAUGAAAUACAUUUAUAUUUUACUCUGAUUAGAAUUGAGCUAAUAUCAGGACAGAAUUCACAUUUUGCAGUUUCAUUUAUAAGUUCUAGUUGCACAUUUUCUGUUCACUGUCAUCAUUAUUAUGGCAGCAUUGUGAUUUAUAACACACUGGAGAUUAUUUGAAAAUUGAGUUAUUAUUUUACUUUUUUUAAUGAAUUAAAUUUACUUGCUUUAUAUUAAUUUGGCAAAAUGCAGAAAUUUUUAUUUAAAUUUGAAUUCUGACAUGUUUUCUAUGCAGUGAACCUGAACUUCAAUAAAAUAAAAUCUAAAAUCUCCAAAGGAUCAUAAAUAAAAACCUUUGGAGGUUUUC